AUGCAAGGACCUUGUGAUAAGUGGAUGUGGGUCAGCAGCACCAAAGUCAUUCAGACAGACCAUUGUAUGCAGAAUUGGAUCAAGGCAUUCAAGGACACUUCAGCAACUCUCGAGGGCAUUGCACAAGUUGCAGGGACUGAUUCUGUGUGUGUUCCAGCAAACUCUAUACGUUUUGUACAUGUGAGAGGUCCACAUCGUAAACACUGGAAAUUUCCUUCGACACCUAUUUGUAUUGAACCAAGCUCUCAAAUAGACAGCCUCCUUAUUAUAAACACUGUGGUGGAGCAAGGAUCAGGAGCGUACGCAGUACCUGUCGCUUAUUUAACAAGCACGGACAUCUGGAUACCACCGAGGACUAGAUUAGGUCUCAUGAGUGAGUGUAUGUUAGAGCCUAGUUCAGUGUCUAAGGUCGAGUUCGUUCAGACGAAUGUUUGUGAACAGACUGUUGUGCCUCACAAUGACAUCGCUGCAGAUGGAGGAACAUCUUUAGACCUAACAGCCUUACUACCAACAGACCUGAGGUGUACUGAGACUCAAAAGAAGAAGAUUGAAGAUGUUUUUAAGAGAUAUAGUGACAUAUUCAUUCAGCAUGAUCUGGAUAUGGGAUACACUUCGACUGUUACUCACAAGAUAGACACUGUUGAUGAUAAGCCUGUGUGCCAGCCAUAUAGGAGAAUUCCACCUAGCCAAUCCCAGGAAGUGAAAGAACACAUUCAAUCGCUGUUGGAUAAGAACAUUAUAACAAAAAGCACAAGCCCAUACACUUCACCUAUAGUUGUGGUCAGAAAAAAGGAUGGCUCUAUAAGGCUGUGUGUUGAUUACAGAAAGCUGAACCAGAAAACGAUAAGAGAUGCUUUCCCGCUUCCAAGGAUAGAGGAGUCCUUAGAUGCUCUACAUGGUUCCAGUCUGUUUAGUACUUGGACCUUGCUAGCGGCUUUCACCAGAUUGCUAUGUCACUUACAGACCAGCACAAAACUGCAUUUGUGA